AUGGUCAGCAGUGCGAAGCUGGAGGCUUCCUCCCAACAGCCUCCUCAAGCGGCUGCCGCUCCGGUGCCUGCAAAGAAGAUCCAUUAUCCUUUUUGGUUUGGUGGUUCGGCCUCUUGCUUUGCGGCGGCCGUCACACACCCUUUGGACCUUGUCAAGGUUCGAUUGCAGACUCGCGGGCCUGGGGCGCCCACCUCCAUGGUGGGAACGUUUGGACAUGUGAUCAAGACCGAUGGCGUUCGGGGCUUGUAUAGAGGGUUAUCGGCCGCGCUUCUGCGCCAGGUGACUUACUCGACGACGCGGUUCGGCAUCUACGAGGAACUCAAGAACUAUUUCACGACGCCCGGGUCGACGCCCAGUUUCUUCACGCUGAUCGGGAUCGCGUGCGCCUCGGGCUUCAUCGGCGGCUGGACCGGCAACCCGGCGGACGUGCUGAACGUGCGCAUGCAGUCGGACGCGGCGCUGCCCCCGGCGCAACGCCGCAACUACCGCCACGCCUUCCACGGGCUUGUGGAGAUGACGCGCACCGAGGGCGCCGCCAGCCUGUUCCGCGGGGUGUGGCCGAACUCGACGCGCGCGGUGCUGAUGACCGCCUCGCAGCUGGCCUCGUACGACACCUUCAAGAAGCUGUGCAUCGAGCGCAUCGGCAUGUCGGACAACCUGGGCACGCACUUCGCCGCCUCGUUCAUGGCCGGCUUCGUCGCCACCACCGUCUGCAGCCCCGUCGACGUGAUCAAGACCCGCGUCAUGACCGCCAGCCACGGCCACAGCCAGAGCAUCCCCGCCCUGCUGCGCGAGAUCACCCGCAAGGAGGGCUACGCCUGGGCCUUCCGCGGCUGGGUGCCCAGCUUCAUCCGUCUGGGUCCGCACACGAUCGCCACCUUCAUCUUCCUGGAGGAGCAUAAGAAGCUCUACCGGUGGGUGAAGGGGAUCGAAUCGGAGGAGAAGCGGUGA